AUGACAAUAACUUGGCAGAAGUUGCUUUUACCACCUAACGAAAUCGAUCUCAAUACUCUGCUACGAUGUGGACAAGCGUUUCGUUGGAGGAAAAUCAAUAAUGUUUGGUCAUGCGCUUUAAAUAAUCAGAUAUUAUUGCUCAGGGAGACAGACCAAGAUGAUACUCAUAUCUUAGAAUACACUACAUUGGAUGGUAGCUUCCCCAAUAUGGAUACUACUAAAUUCAUCCAUUCUUAUUUCAAUACAUUCACAUCGAACCUUGAACUUUACAAGCAAUGGAGAGAAAAAGACACGUAUUUCCCAGUAAAGUCAGAAGGAUCAACGAUUAUGGGAGUUAGGAUCUUAUCACAAGACCCUUGGGAGACGCUACUAUCGUUUAUAAUAUCUUCAAAUAACAACAUCAAGAGGAUUUCCCAAUUAUGUGAGGUUCUCUGUAUAGCAUAUGGAAAAGAAGUCGGGUAUUAUCAGAAUCUACCAUAUUUUACAUUUCCGAAACCAAUCGAAUUUCUACCAAUUAAUGAUCCAAAAGAAUUGAGUUCGAAGCACAUAGAAACGUUAGAAUAUGAAUUAAGAGGAUUAGGGUUUGGAUAUCGUGCAAAGUACAUAUCGAAAACAGUCAGAUUGAUGAUUGAAAACCCAGAGUUUUGGGAGACUUUAAAUAAUGACAAUUCAUGGUCGGAAGAUGGAGAUGAGAAGUGCAUCGAGUUUUUGAGGCAAUUCCCUGGAGUAGGACCUAAAGUUGCGGAUUGUGUAGCCUUAAUGGGGUGUAAAAGGCAUGAUUUGGUGCCUGUGGACACACACGUAUGGAACAUACUGAGGUCGACAUAUAGAAAGGAGUUUGAGAAAUGGGUGGACUCCUUGAGUAUUAAAGAAGAAGAAGGAGAAGAUGGUGCUAAAAAAUUGACCACCAAAGACAAAGCUAGAACUUCCGAAAUUCCCAAAUCAUCGUUGAAGAGAUCAUUAUUUAAUAAAGCUGUCGAUGUCAAAAUAUAUCCUUUUGUGAAACGAUUCUUCAGAGAAUACUGGGGCGUAAAAGCCGGGUGGGCCCAAAGCGUUGUUUUCUCUGAAAUGGUCAAACUGGAUAAUGGGAUUAACGACGUAGAAGAAUAUGAGAAACUGUUGGAUAAAGUUCGAAGUUUUAAAGGAGAUGGCUUUAAAAGAAGAAAAAUUUAA